CGAAAAAGUACUUUGCUGACCAUCUCUAAAAUGCACUGCGAUGAAGAUGAGUGUUCCAACUAAAACACCCAUAACUUUAUCCAAUUUGGUUGUUGAAGGCCUCGGCCACUUGGGAACAACAAUACCAUUAGAUACUACAAAGAAAAUCAUUGCUAAUAGUGUUAAAUUAACUUUACAUCCUGAAGCCACUAUACCUCCAGUACCCGAAAUAUAUGCUACCAACAGUGGAAAAGCAAAACAAAGCGAAUAUGCUAUAGUCACUCUAUACAGCUUGGCUAUAAAGCACAACUUGGAUGUUAUGGCUGUUAGGCAAGUUAUGGAAGAACGGCACCUGAAUCCGGCAGUUAUUGAAGAAUUAACGCGAACUUACGAGGAACAACGUAAACAUUUAUUUUUACGCCAACUACAAGUAAGUCACUCAUUUCCUCACAUAACGGAUCUCCAGUGGCGUAUAGUUGCCGAUGUCAAGUCCUCAACUUCGGAUCAUAGUAGCAAAGAGGUAGGUUUUCACAUCAAUUUAGGUCGUUACAAACAGAAGGGAGGUGAAAGAGAAACCAUUGUUGAAUUUGUGUGCAACACCGAAGAAUUGCAAUUGUUAAUAAAUAAACUUAAGGAAAUUGAACGUCAUUGUUGCAAAGAAACAUUGGAAUAAUAAAAACACAUUUAGUUAAAUAAAA